AAAUAACAUGUGAUAGUUCAAAAUCAAUAUCGACGGGGAUUAAUACACUUUGGUCACUCUAGUUGUUACUACUUGCUACGCAUGCAAUUUAUAUGGUGGUUCUACAAAAAGAAUCAUGGUGGCCGAUCCGAUAGGUGCCUACCUGCAGAGCUCUCUGUCCAAGCACAGCAGCAAUGGAGGGCAGCAGGCGGCCAUACUGCAGUCCAAACUGCAGGCGUCUGCGAAGCGCGCGCUGCUCACCCGAGUUGAGUUUGAGCCAGCCGAGAAGCAGCACAGCCACAUGUUGCAGACGCUGCAGAACAAGUACAUCGUGCUUGGGGAGCGGGACUACGCGGCGCAGGGCGCCAACGGAGCGGCCAACGGUGCCGCCAACGGAGCGGCCAACGGCUCGGCCCCUCCCGUCGGCUCCAACCGCCCCCAGCCGCCGGUGGUGCUCAGUAAAAAGUCCGACCUGAAGCUGGGCUGGGGCAACAGCAGCUACCCCACCGGCGCCGGCAUGGUCAACAUGGGCAACACGUGCUACCUCAACUCCAGUCUCCAGGCUCUGUUCCACGCGCCCGGUCUGGUGCGCUGGCUGCUGGAGGACGGUCGACACGCUGCCCGCUGCUCGGGCGCCGACCAGUGUACCGUGUGCUCGAUGGCGCGGACCCUCCGCUCCACACACCAGAGACAGGGAGGCGUCGUCAAACCCAUACUCAUCUACUCCAAACUGAAACUGAUCUGCAAGCACUUCAUCCACGGCCGCCAGGAGGAUGCCCACGAGUUUGUGCGCCACCUGCUGGACAGCAUGCAGCGCUGCCACCUGGCGGCGCUGCGCGCAACUAAGCUCGACAACCUCAGCAAGGAGACGACGCCGCUCAACCACCUGUUCGGCGGCUACCUGAAGACGCAGGUGACGUGUCUGCGGUGCCAGCACGCGUCCCGCACGUUCCAGCACUUCCAGGACCUGCUGGUGGAUGUCAGACAGGUAUCAACGGUGGACGACGCGCUGCACUUGUACUUCAAAAAAGAGCGGCUAGAUGGCGCUGACUACAAAUGCGAACGAUGCCGAAUGAAGGUGCCCGCCACAAAGAAGUUCUUCAUCGACGAGGCGCCUUUGAUAUUGUGCAUACAGCUGAAAAGGUUCAGCCUGGGUGGAGGGAAGAUCACCAAACACCUGGCGUUUCCCAACAAACUGAACGUGACCAGGUUCAUGACGCGACCUCCGACACAGGGACAGGUGGUCUACUCGCUGGUGUCCCUGAUCAACCACAUGGGUCCGUCCCAGAACUGCGGCCACUACACGGCCAUGGCCAAGGCGGCCAACGGACAGGUGUACCUCUUCGACGACGCCUCGGUGCGUAUGACGUCACUGAGCAACAUGCUGUCCACCAAUGCCUACGUGCUGAUGUACGAGAUGACGGGAUCCACGCGACAGCUGCUGCUCGGCCACUCGCCAGGAGCGCCGGCCACAGAGACGAAUCGCGCGGCCUCGCCGCCGCCCCCUCCCCCGCCCCCUCCCCCGCCGCCUGUCCGGGCCCCGUCAGUUCCAGCCGCGACCACCCCGCUACAGCCGAACGCCGCGCUGACCAACGCCGCCAACAGGUCUCGGAUCUCGUUCACGAUGACGUCACCGGCCAUCGUGGUGAAGCGCCCUCUUCCUGGCAACAAGUCGGCUGUGCUGGGUCGGGCGGCCACCGCGCCUGCCGCCCCCGCCCCCGCCCCCGCCCCAGCCGCCGCCGCCGGCGGUGGUGCCACCAAAGCAGCGCCUCUGGUGCCGUAUGGCACCGGCGACUCGGCUUCGGACGACUCGGACUCUGAGAACCGCGCCGCCGGUCCUGCCAAGGGCUCUGCGACCUCCUCAGCUCCUGCGCCUCCGGCGGCUUCGUCAGCUGGUUCAACAGCUAAGGGGUUGACGGCGACCACAGGAACACCAGCAGGCUCAGGAGCGGCAGUGAAGAAGCCGGCUGCUGUGCCCUCCCCGGCGACUCCUGCACGUGUUCUGGGAGAGCGGCAGCCCCGGGCGCCAGCGGCCACCUCACCCUGGCUGGUGAAAGAGGUGCCCGCGGUGCCGGGCUCGCCGUCUCUACACAGUGAGGAGAGUGCGACCAGCCACGGGAGUGUGGGAUGCACCAGCCCCUGGCUCGUUACGGAGAAGGAGGGCGGCCCGGCGGUGCCCCUGAAGGCGGACCCCACCCCGCCCGGCUGGAAGGUCACCCCGUUACCCGCCAGGUCACCGCAGAGUGACACCUUUGACCCGAGGUCAGAGGUGCGCCCCUCGCCUCCGCCUAUACGCAGGGCUGGGAGCGUCGACUCCCCAGACGGGCCGCGGCAUAUCCUCAGCAAGAUCUCGCGCAAGCUGAAGACACUGACGUCUCGCCCGGAAAAACGGGCGCUCGGUGAAGACGUCGGGAGGCCGGCCAAGCGGCCCCGCCCCGCCCCCGCCCCCGCCGACAGCGGGGCGGGGCGGAAAGUGGGCAACAGCGUCUUCUUUGAUGAGCAAGAAAACAGGGCGGCAACACCGGCCGACUCUGUGGCAAACGGCGGCGCGGCGGCGGCAAACGGCAACCCAGCGGUGGCGAACGGCGACGCGACAGCGGCAGAAGCGGCGCGUCCGCCCGGCCGCUCUAUGCCUCUGGUGACACCGGAUGGACUGCAGGACUGCGGAUCAGGCGACGGUGCCGCGCUGGCCUCGGCCCCGGCCGGUCCGAUCCCGCAGAAGGAACACGUGGUAAAUGGGGAGAAGGAACACAAAGCCAAGGCGCCGUCGGACAGUGCUAGGUCGUCUGAAGUGGACUCGAAGUCGUCAGUUGGGAGUUCAGCAUGUUCGGGAUCGACAAAGGCACAGUCUGAACAUGUGGAAUCGCUCAAUGGGGAGAGACAUAAAAGGGACUCACACAGGCACAAGAAAGACAAGAGUCGCGGGUUGGGCGACCGGGGAGAAGUCUCAGCACCGGGAAGUCGGUCUAUUUCCUCGGAGAGGUUCUCCCCACCAUCGGAAAGAUCGAAAUCUUCCGAAAGAUCGAAAUCAUCAGACAGGUGUAAAUCCUCCGAAAGAUCUGACCGAUCGAAAUCUUCGGAAAGAUCAAAUAAAUCAAAGUCAUCAGACAGCUCAAGAUCGUCGGACAGAUCGAAAUCAUUAGAGCGAACCAAGCCAUCGAAUCGACCGGCCUCUCCAGCUCCAGAUCGACCCGCCGCCUUUACGAAGCCUUCCUGGCGUUCUGGGUCUCAGGACUCUGGGCUUUCGCCUACCAAGCGGUCUGAGCGUCCUCAUCACAGACAUCAGGAGCGUCAGUACAGGAGGAGGAGUCGCUCCUCGUCCUCCUCCUCCUCUGAGGACGACAGGAGGAGGAGGCCGUCCUCCGCGCCGGCCGCGGCCGGAGGAGGAGGGGGAGGGGAUGCGCUGGCGUUCCUCACCUCGGGAGCUGGACUGAGCGGAUAUGGAAGAGAUGUGACCACGUGGUCUGGAGAGAGGCCCGGCCUGGAGAGAGAGCGGGAGAGGGACAAAGAGGAGCGGCGACGACGGGAGGAGCUGGACGAGUACAAUGACGAGCUGGACGCUGGACGGGUGAAGAAGGUGCGCGGUCACCGGGAGCGUCCCGUUCUCGACCACAACCCGUUCCAGCGGCUGCAGGACGACCGUCGGCGGGAGCCGGGCGGUCGGGAGAGGGACCGCAGCCCGUCCCGACACCGGAGGGACAGGAGGGACCGCCGGCGGGACGACCGGGACCGACACAGACACCGCCACCAGCGCCGCGACAGCCGCGACAGGGUCUCCCGGUGAUGGGUGCGCACUCGGCGAGACAGACUACAUCGAGAGAGUUGGGGAGAGGGAAGGUCAGUUGAUGGAAGUGAUUGCUGACGGGUGAAGGAUACAUAAAGAAGGUUAGGAAGCGAGAGGGUCAGACGGUGGAAGUGAGAGCGGACGGGCGCUGAUAUAUAUCGAGAGAAGUUGAGUCGGUGGAAGUAAUGGAUGACAGUGGUAUGAUCACCACGUCAAGAAGUCUCGCAGUUCUAAUAAUGUCCAAUAUGUCGGCACGAGGGCCUCUCUUUGAUGGCUGUCGAGCGCGGAGAGCCCCUGCCUGCCUGCCUGCCUGCCUGCCUGCCUGCCUGCCUGCCUGCCUGUCUGCCUGCUGGACGGGCAGAUGGGUGAUUGAAGUACGCCGAGCGGAAUGAGUGGAUUUCCACGAGCUGCAGCAGCCGGAUCCAAAGCUGAUCAGUAACGAGACAGAUCGGCAACGAUACAGGUUUGAAGAGCUUUGUGCCGCCGAGUGUGCGGCAGUUGAGUGAGGCGGAGUGUGUCAGCUCCUACCGCGGGAUUCUGCGUAGGUCGAGUGCUGGUGAUGAUUACAGCGAGCGGGAUUGUUAGGCUGGAAUGGUACGCUCAGAAGUGUUGGUGGAAAAGUCAGAGGUGAUGGUCGUUUGUCGUUAUGAGCUGGUCUGGGAAGCUGGCAGGGAUGAAGCGAUCGCUGUAUAUCAGUGAACAGAACGGAGGGAUGUCCGCUGGUUCGCAUCGUGCCGUGGGGCGCACGGAUAAGCCUGACAAGUGAAGGGAUUGAAGACCAGCCACGUAAUGGAACGCUGCGGCAUUUGUACGACGUUUUGACGGCAUGAGCUCACGGGCAGACUGCGUCAGUGGAUGUGAUUAACGCUGAAAAGUCGUUGCAGAUCCAGCCGCCCGUGUCACUAUACUGACAGCGUCGCGUCGCUCGCUUCUGCAGAGCCCCAUCACCUGUCAUCCACAGUUAGUCAGUGAGGGCUGACAUCCCGCGAUUUUGAGACUGAUCAGACUGUAACGGGAAUGAGUUGCCCCGGGCGUUUGAACUCGAUCGCCUCAUUAACUGUACCGAUUCAUGCUGAGCAUGAAUCAUUGAAGCCACGUGGUAGCUCUCUGUGGGUGAAAGCCACGUGCGAGGGCGACUUUUUUCGCGGCAUAUUCUCGUGGAAGAACGGUUGUGUGUCUCAAGUGUGUUUGACAUCAAGUGUUGGAUGCAGUUGACAUUCGCCGACUGGCAAAAGAAAUCGUUUGCCAAACGCGGGCUAUGGGGGCAUUGUGGUGGUGGUUUGCAAGUGUUUGUUGUUUUACGUGUUUUCAUCGACAGAAGUGGUGACCGUAUGUUAGGCUGGGCUACGUUGCGAUGUUUGUGGAGCUCUGACCUGCGCACAGUGGGGAUUUUUCCGAUCUAGCACGUAUUUAUUCGUAGAGGGCAAAUCAUAGGUAGAAUUGUAGCCAGAUUGUGCACAGAUGUUGGCUGGUGUGUCCUGGUGAGAAUUUUACCUGUAAAUGUGCAUAAUCAACAUAGUAUAGGGGGUUCAAUUGGACCCCCCGCUCAGCCGUUUGGCCCCUGAUCAAGCUAGAGCUUCGCGGAAAAGUCAAGCGUGCUGCCUAUGACGAAAUUAGGCCGAAUAUAUCCAAUUUCAAAGUCCAAGGUCAUAAGCUGACUUUCCAAGUCAGUUUAAUGACCCAACUAAAGUUGGGAAAUCGAGACCUCUUGAAACUUCGCAAAGUUAGGGUGUUACGGGGUAUUUUGGGGUGCUGAUCACGAAUUUCAUGUUAGUUUUGAUCACAGACGAUGUCUUUAUGCAUUUAGGCCAGGUCGGGUCAGGUCAGGUUAGAUCAAUUAGUAGGCGUCCUGCCGGCCAUCCAUAGAAGUGUCACCUACUACUGAUAGCUUCGUAACAUGGAACGAAGGCACUAGAACUACUUCGUAAAUAUUCAAAUGGCUGCUAAAAUCGAAAUCAGCACCAAAAACUACCCUAGAAACAAGUAAAACUCGAAAAAGUGAACCAAGGUCAUCAAAAAGUCAAUGACCUUGACUUGACCUUCACGUGACCUUGACACCCACCAUUAUGCAUGGCAACAACAUCAUUUCACAUAUUUGAACGUUUAAAACCACAAAAAGACUGGAAACCGCGGAUAAUGUGAGCUGGCAUACGCCGAAUCGCGAUUCCGGCCAAACAUGGUCUCGAGAAAUAUGCCACAGGUCAAAGGUCAGUUGGGUCAGAGUCAUGAAAUUUUUAGGUUAGAUGUAAAAUUGAUGAUCUCGAGGGUACCGAAAGUUUCGGCACGAUCGGCCGCUUUUUGCGCGAGUAAUUUGCGGAAAACCAUGGGGUUUUAUCCGACCCCUUCCCCCUCCCCCUCCCCACAAGUGCGAUGGUUAAUAAGGUUACGGUAUGUAUAAUUUACGCUUGUCAUCCUAUUCCUAAUGAAUGUGUCUCAGAAAAUAUGCAUCAUAUAAAUCACGAAGUAAAAUUAUUCGCCUAUGUCCGGAACAUACCUAUAUCGUGCUGUUUGCCCUAGCGCUCCUCGAGUGGGGUGUUAAGAUACUCUAAUGUGAAUAUUCCGUGUUCAGGCAAGUUUCGGCAGCCAAACUAGGCGUUGUCUUGUGCAGAAGAAAGUGGCGAAUUCGAUAGGAUAUAUUUCGGAGUGGAAAAGUGUGGAGAACAUUGUUGAUUUCCUACAUUUAUUUAGAAUACCAUUCCUUCAAUAUGGUGUUUGUAAGGGUUUUUUGUAAAGGGCAUUUUUGUGACCUUAGUAAGGUUGUGGCAUAUUUUCUGUUUGCCAUUCCAUUCCUAAUAAAGGUGCCUUUCAGACGAUAUGCAACUUUAAGACCUCGCAAGAUUAAAACCAACAGGACAGGACAAUGAAAUUGAGCUAUACUUUCUUGCCUUGCUGAGCCCAUUGAGUAAUCACGCAUGAGUGUGAACUUUGGGCGCAUUUUUCCUAGUUUUGCUGUGGACAUACAGAUAAAACAAUGCCAUAUAUGAAAAAUUCAGACAUUUCUUAGCCCUACUGACACAAAAAAUAAACAAAAAUCCAAAAAAUAUUUUUUGAAUUAAUAGGCGCUAGAUCGGAAAAAUCCCCACUGUGCUGCGGUGCGAUGUGGUGUUUGUCAGGGCGAAGUGUUUGUGAUCGGUCCGAGGCAGUCGCCGCUGUCUCGUGAAAUGUGAUCUGGGAGGGGAAGGACAGACUGAAUGAAGAGAAGGGUAACGAUAUGCGCCGGGUCAACUGCAAGAGGUGUGGCAACUUGGAGUGGGUUUCGCGGUCGCGUUCUUCGCUGCCUUGGCCAGUGAAUGUUUGGACGGUUUGAGCCGGUAUAGCACUAAGUAUGGGCGAAGUGCACUGACAGGUUCAAAUCUUCCACACUCACACACUAAUUCCGGCGAUACGAAACGGGCCAUGAAGACUUACAACGGACGACAAAGCGAAAAGGCAGUGUGGUUUGGUAAUAUUUGUGUUUGCUUGUAGGCGCUGUCUUGUGUUUUGAUAUCGAUAAUCUUACAAAUGGGUCUGUUUGGGUAUUUUUGGCGGUGAACUACGCGAGAAACGCUACAUCCGGGUUCAUUGGCGUCUCUCGUUGGCGUCUGCGUAGAUCACUGUGUGGUUCUACCAGCUGUUUCGCCGUUUUCGAUGCGUGUUGAUGACAAGUCAAGCUCGGUCGGACGAGGUAAAGCGUUUGUUGUAGUUUUUCUGGUUGAUUGCCCGGCUCUGGUGAGCUCAGUGGUAGUUUGGAGGGGAGUUUGGUCACAUGCCGGGCUGACGCCUUGUCUGACUGCUGCCUCUCCCUUCCUUGGAGGACAGAGGUGUGAUGUGUUUCAUAAGAUUGUGACGGAAAUAUGUGACUUCACAUAUGUAGUUUGAAGUCCUCAUCGUGUGAAUGAAUUGUGUGGAAAAGAAAAUCGUGAUGGGA